AUGGCUCUGGGCCUCCUCCGUUCUCUCCUGCUUGGGGAGCUGAGGGCGCAGCGGGGGGAGCCGGCCCACGCGCCAGUGUGGAGCUCGCUGAAGCACCCCCAGAGCCCCCACCGGGCAGCCCGUGGCUUGCUCAGCGGCAGUGUGGUGCAGCGUGUGGUCGACGCGCAGUGGAGGGCGGGUCGCCAGCCUCAGCGCCGCGAAAGCCUGCGCUUGCAGGAGCGGCACCGGCACCGCCCUGCCCGGGGCCUGGGUGGCGCUGAGAUGGAAGCGAGCGCUCAGCCCGGUCUGCAGGAGAAGCCUCCGCUGCCUCUAGGACCACGCGGGGGCCAGCCUGCACCCCCCGGGCGGCGGCUGUGCCCCCGAGCCUGGAGCAAGCUCAGCGGAUGCAGCGGGUGCUGGUGGGUGCCCCGUGUGGGCGGCCCAGGUGUGGGCGGCCCAGGUGUGGGCGCCCCAGGUGUGGGCAUCCCGGGUAUAGGUCUGCCGCCCGCAGCCUACCCCGACAGCUCGUCCGCGUGCUUGUCCAUGCUCCAGCCCCACGACAGCUGGUCCAGCCUGGGGGUGCCCGCCCACUCCGGCGUGCUCCCCGUGAGUGCCGGCACCGGCCCGCCCAUGGGCUCCAGCCAGUACCCCAGCCUGUGGUCUGUGAGCAACGGCGCCAUCGCCCCGGGGGCCCAGACGCCAGGGAUGCCCAACGGGCUGGGCGCCCCGUUCUUCCGAGGCUCCUCGGGCCACACUGUGCCCCUCGCCCACCCAGCCCCGGCGGCCUCCUCCGCGUCGCCCUUGUACGAAGCAGCGGCCCCGGCCGCAGACAUCACCGACGGCCAGUACGACCCCGCGGCCCAGGCCCGCCUCAUCGCGCCCUGGACGCCCGUGUCCCCCUCCUCCAUGUGAGUCCAGGGUCUCAAAGGCCAGCGACUCCGGCUCCCGGCCUGGGCUGAGGGGAUUGACCUGUUAAGUACCAAGUAGCAGCCUCGGGGUCCAAGGAGCGAGACUGGGCCUAGCGGCCUGGCCUCACUGAGAGGAGCCUGACCUCCGGUGCCCCCGCUCGUCUCUGCCCGGCCGGGGCUGCCCGUGGAGGCAGCUGGGGGGGCCCUGCCUCAGGCCUCGGUCGUGGUAACUCCCGGCCAGAGCCCGGCUGGGCCAGAAGCUUUCGUUUGCCCUCGUAGAGCUCACGGGCUGGUGGCGCCUCCGAACGCGUAGCCCCCACCUUUAGCGAGAGGAAGCACCCUGGUCCUCUCCCCUGUUGCUCUGAGCAGUGUGGCCCGCAGCAGGGGCCUCGUGUAGAGCGGGCGGUUGAGGACGGGGGGCCGGGUGUGGACAGGGGGCUCCAGUGGGGAGGGCCCGCGCGCCCGCGAGGGUGUGUCGGUGUGGAGACCGGUCACCAGCAGCCUCCGACCCUGUAACCUGUAACUUGAUUUUUCCUCUUGACGAAGUAGCCAAAGACAAUCAGCAGGAAGCGCUUUCUGCAGAAUAAAGGCAACGUGCAGA